AUGUCAUCGAGAAAGAAGGUCCUUCUCAAGGUCAUCAUCCUUGGCGAUAGCGGUGUCGGAAAGACGAGUCUGAUGAACCAAUAUGUCAACAAGAAGUUCAGUGCAAGCUACAAGGCCACCAUCGGCGCCGACUUCCUGACGCGCGAGGUUCUCGUCGACGACCGACAGGUGACGAUGCAGCUUUGGGAUACGGCAGGACAGGAGCGCUUCCAGUCUCUGGGCGUCGCUUUCUACCGUGGUGCCGACUGCUGCGUGCUCGUAUACGAUGUCAACAACUCCAAGAGUUUCGAUGCUCUGGACAGCUGGAGGGACGAGUUCUUGAUCCAGGCUUCGCCACGGGACCCGGACAACUUCCCCUUCGUCGUUCUUGGAAACAAGAUUGAUGUUGAGGAGAGCAAGAGAGUUAUUUCAACCAAGCGCGCCAUGACCUUUUGCCAGUCCAAGGGCGGUAUUCCCUACUUCGAGACCAGUGCAAAGGAGGCCAUCAACGUUGAACAGGCAUUCGAAGUUAUCGCGCGGAACGCUCUGGCCCAGGAAGAGUCCGAGGAGUUCAGUGGUGAUUACCAGGACGUCAUCAACAUCCCCAUCGAAAACCCCCGAGACGGAUGUUCUUGCUAA